AUGCCUUUACAGUUCAGUCAGUCAGAGUUACUGCUGUUGACCGGUUCAACCGACCAAGAUGUCAAAGUCCACACACCCGACGUUCCUCCCGAAUCCACACGAUUAUAUCCCAAACUUGUCGGCUCCCAUUGGGAAUGUUACAUUACGACGGACUGUCUCGUCUUGGGCCGCAGUCCAGGCCCCGGCGCACCACCUCCACGCAACGCGCGACAGCAUCGCGUAGACGUUGAUUUUGGAUCCCACAAACGCGACGUGUCUCGACGCCAUGCAGACAUUCGGUUCCACGCACACAAGAAACGGUGGGAAUUGCGAGUGUACGGCAAGAAUGGCGUCAAGGUGAACCACGUGUGGAAAAGGCCUCGCAGCGGUGGGUCGGUUGUCCUGACCACGGGUUCUUUGCUCGAAAUUGGCGACAAUAACCGUUUCGUGUUUAUCUUGCCGGAUCGAUCCGCUCCCGUGACGACGUUGGACGGCAGAUUGGAGACUCUUAUUACGGAAGCGUUCAAGGAUCAUCCGCUGUUGGAUACGACCUCCAUCGUUGAUUAUGUGAAGCAGCAUAAUAAUAGCAACACGGCAGCAGCAGCACCAGCACCGGCAGUAUCAUCUACCACGUCCACACCAUCGUCUGCCACAACACCGGUGACGCCUGCCACUCCCGCCACUCCGGCUACCCCAGGAACACCAGGAGAUCAGCACGUGCACGAGCAAGAAGAACAGCAGCAACAGGAAGAAACACCCGUAUCGUAUGACCGCGCUUCAGUAUUACAUGCCCUUGUUCUUAGUCAAAAGUUCCAGUUGAAAGACGGCCACUGGAGCAUACGCCAAGAACAAUCACAUGAAAAGAAACAACAGGAAGAAAGGUCAUCGCAGCAACGAACGCAAACUGAUCACCCAUUGUAUAAGCAAAUGAGUCUUGAUGCUAUUGAAGAACAUGAUGAUGGAGACGAUUCACAACCGACGAUGGGAUACGAAAAACAACAAGAACAACAACAGCGGAAACCUCAUACAUCACUUGGUGUGAGUGUACAGAAAAUAUAUUCUACAUGGAUUGCAGCGAAAAAGCGAUCACUGCAUGACCUUGGCUCUACAAGCGAAGAAGCAAAUGGGGAUCCAGGCCGGAAGCGACUCGUGCCGUAUAAUCCAGAGACGGAUAAUCCUUGGAAAGACGUGAUGUGGCGAGAGUUGAGUAUUGCCAACGAUGAUCCGGUUGUUUCAGCUACUAGCAGUCGUGUUGAUUAA